ACCACAGCUUCUCCCACUACAACAUCAGCUGCACCAACAACAACAACAGCCUCUCCAACAAUAACAACAGCUUCUCCCACUACAACCACAGCUGCACCUACAACUACCACAGAGGCUCCAACAACAACAGCAGUCACUCCUACAACUAGCACAGAGGCUCCAACAACAACCACAGCUUCUCCCACUACAACCACAGCUGCCCCUACAACGAGCACAGAGGCUCCAACAACAACCACAGCUUUUCCCACUACAACCACAGCUGGCCCUACAACUACCACAGAGGCUCCAACAACAACAACAGCCACUCCUACAACGAACACAGAGGCUCCAACAACAACCACAGCUUCUCCCACUUCAACCACAGCUGGCCCUACAACUACCACAGAGGCUCCAAAAACCACAACAGCCACUCCUACAACUAGCACAGAGGCUCCAACAACAAACACAGCUUCUCCCACUACAGUUCCAACAACGACAAAAGGUGCUCCCAUUAAAACAUCAGCUGCACCUAUAACCGCAACAGAUGCUCCAACAACAACCACAGCUUCUCCCACUACAACCACAGCUGUCCCUACAACUACCACAGAGGCUCCAACAACAACAACAGCCACUCCUACAACUAGCACAGAGGCUCCAACAACAACCACAGCUUCUCCCACUACAACCACAGCUGUCCCUACAACUACCACAGAGGCUCCAACAACAACUGCCCCAACAACUACUACAGAGGCUCCAACAACAACAACAUCCGCUCCCACUACAACCCCAACUGCCCCUACAACUACCACAGACGCUCCGACAACAACCACAGCUUCUCCCACUACAAACACAGCUGCCCCUACAACGAGCACAGAGGCUCCAACAACAACCACAGCUUCUCCCACUACAACCACAGCUGGCCCUACAACUACCACAGAGGCUCCAACAACAACAACAACAACAGCUAGUACUACAACUAGCACAGAGGCUCCAACAACAACCACAGCUUCUCCCACUACAACCCCAGCUUGCCCUACAACUACCACAGAGACUCCAACAACAACAACAGCCACUCCUACAACUACCACAGAGGGUCCAACAACAUCAACAGCCGCUCCAACAACAACAACAGCUACCACAGAGGGUCAAACAACAACAACAGCCGCUCCAACAACAACAACAGCUUCUCCCACUACAACCACAGCUGCACCUACAACUACCACAGAGGCUCCAAUAACCACAACAGCUGCCCCAACAACUACUACAGAGGCUCCAACAACAACAACAUCCGCUCCCACUACAACCCCAGCUGCCCCUAAAACUACCACAGAGGCUCCAACAACAACCACAGCUGCACCUACAACUACCACAGAGACUCCAACAACAACCACAGCUUCUCCCACUACAAUCACAGCUGGCCCUACAACUACCACAGAGGCUCCAACAACAACCACAUCUGCUCCCACUACAAGCACAGCUGCCGCUACAACUACUACAGCUGCUCCCACUACAACCACAGCUGGCCCUACAACUACCACUGAGGUUCCAACAACGACAAAAGGUGCUCCCACUACAACAUCAGCUGCACCUAUAACCACAACAGAUGCUCCAACAACAACCACAGCUUCUGCCACUACAACCACAGCUGUCCCUACAACUACCACAGAGGCUCCAACAACAACAACAGCCACUCCUACAACUACCACAGAGGCUCCAACAACAACAACAGCCACUCCUACA